AUGGCAUCCCUUUUGGACGCAUCCGACCCUCCCUCUCAAGCUACCCCUUUCCCUCAGCCACCAUCCACGCCAAACUCCCCACGCAUCCCCAAAAAACGCUCGACACCUGACCAGGAGGAGCUCAGUACUGGCGAAGGAAGCAACAAGAAGGCUAAAAAGUCUCGGGCCGGUGUGCCAAACUACAACAAAGAAGAUAUCGACGCCCUUCUUGAUUUUACUUCAGAGGCAGAGUCUCUCGGCGCCAAUCACUGGGCUUGGGUUGCCCAAAAGUUUUCAAGAUGGGCAAAAGCUAACGAGCGCCCAGUUCGUGAUGGUGACUCUCUCAAGCAUAAAUUUGAUAAGCUUGCCAACACAAAGAAGAAAACCGGGGACCCGUCCUGUCCGCCUCACGUUCGCCGAGCCAAACACAUUGCACGUGAUAUUCUCAACAAAUGUGCGGCCACAAGCGUUAGCGGAGACAGCAGUGACGGCAAUCAAGAGGCCAAUGCAGGCGAGAGCGAUAAAGCGGGCACGGGUGGUGAUAGUGGCAAAGUAGUCGGGGAGAGGGCUCGAAAGAGAGACACAGGAGCCACCGGUGUGGCAAAGGCUCAACAGAUUGAGGAACGAUACCUGGAGCACGUUGCAGAAAUAUCUGCCUGUGUUCAGACUAUAUCGAAGGCAUUCGAGUCCAGCGAAUCGACUAACUUGACUCAGAGUAGCGUGGUCUCCAUUGUGCGUCACGAGGUUCAAGAGUCAAUGCGUCCAACAAACGCGCUUCUGUCGGAGAUGAUGUCUAUCAUUCGUAGCCAGUCAAACAAAUGA